GGUCGGUGGGGCGCAGAGGCGCGGGGGGAGGGGGCGCGGGGGGCGACCGGCGACAAUAGUCCCAUCGGCGCCGGAAGGCUCCGCGCCCGGCAUGGAGGCCGAGGAGUUGGGCAGAUACUACGCGUAUCUUCAGCAAGCUCAAGCGUUUUACACGUUUCCGUUCCAUCAGAUGAUGACUGCAGCGCCGAACAUGGAAAUCAUGACAGAGCAGCCGACUCUAGAGGGCGUUCCAGAGCCGAACAUUGCUCAGGAGCCUCCGAAAGAAGUUAAAAAGGGAGGAAGAAAAAGAAAAGCCAAAGCAACUGAGCCAAAGCAACCCAAAAAGCCUGCUGCUAAAAAAGAAAAGUCCACCAAGUCAAAAGGCAAACAAGAAAAGAUCACAGACACCUUUAAAGUCAAACGAAAAGUGGAUCGGUUUAAUGGUGUGUCUGAAGCUGAACUGCUCACCAAGACAUUACCUGAUAUUUUGACCUUCGAUCUGGACAUUGUAAUAAUUGGCAUAAAUCCUGGCUUGAUGGCAGCUUACAAAGGACAUCAUUACCCUGGACCUGGAAACCAUUUUUGGAAGUGUCUGUUCAUGUCUGGUCUAAGUAAUGAACAACUGAACCAUAUGGAUGACCACACCUUGCCACAUAAAUACGGGAUUGGAUUUACAAACAUGGUUGAAAGGACAACACCUGGAAGCAAAGACCUCUCCAGCAAAGAGUUUCGGGAAGGAGGGCGCAUUCUGAUGCAGAAGUUACAGAAGUAUAAACCUCGUAUAGCAGCUUUCAAUGGAAAAUGUAUUUAUGAAAUUUUUAGUAAAGAAGUUUUUGGAAUAAAGGUUAAGAACUUGGAAUUUGGACUGCAGCCACACAAGGUGCCAGAUACAGAAACUCUCUGCUACGUUAUGCCAUCAUCCAGUGCAAGAUGUGCUCAGUUUCCUCGUGCACAAGAUAAAGUUCAUUAUUACAUAAAGCUGAAAGAUCUAAGGGAUCAGCUGAAAGGCAUCGCACCAAAUACAGAGGUGCAGGAGGUGCAGUACACGUUUGACUUGCAACUUGCACAAGAGGAUGCUAAAAAGAUGGCCGUCAAAGAAGAAAAAUACGAUCCAGGUUACGAAGCAGCAUACGGAGGAGCUUACUGUGAUCGCACACCAUAUGGAAGUGAACCGUGCAACUUCUCUUCAAACGGAUCUGCAGCAGGCAAUCCACAGUACUGUGAGGGGGCAUCCUUUGGUGAAGUUCCUAAUGGACAAUGGAUGACGCAGUCCUUCGCAGACCAGAUUCCGGAGUUCAGCACUGGUGUGACACGGGAAGAAGAGGGAAGCAGCACGUAAGAGCUGUUUCUGCUCAGCUAUGCAUACAAGCUGCAGUUUUAAUGCAGUGAUCAAGAUUGGUACCUCGGUUCUCCAACUGAAGCAUUUUAAUAGUAUUUUAUCUCCCCUAGGUAUUUUAUUAUAGUCCAAAGUGAGUGUGUGGUAGGCUCAAAUCAAUGAACUAGGUCAUUUUAAGGAACUGUCCAAACUUUUUUAAAAAAAAAGUUAGCCCUUUUUGUAUAUGAGUUUUAUACUUAAUGUACACCAUUUCUUGCUGGGUUUGUCAGAUUGCUUUUUCAUCUGUGAAGAUUUCUUUGGGGCGUUAAUUUUAUUCCAUCAGUCGCACUGUAGUAGUAACAGCUGCAGUAUACCUUUUACUGAUGCCUCAAGAUUUGGCUCUCUCAUAGUCCUUUUAUAUCCAGAAGGGCAAAUGGGAAGUAUACCCUUAUUUUACAUUAAGUGGUGAUUUUAAUCCUGCACAGUUAAGCAAAUUGUGCUUUUUAAUUCUGCCUUUUACCUUCUUAAAGUGCAGAAAGAUGUGUACUGCAGGUGUUAAGUACUGAGUAUUUUCUGUGUGGGGGAAAAAAGAGCUCCAUUGGUUUAGUGACUGGACCAUAUUCAGGAUUAACAGAGUGGAGAUAUCAUCUCAAGUCACAGCACUGGGGAAGAAACUUUAUGUUGUACAGGACAGGGCCCAAACAUUACAGAUGAGCUGACUUAGGGUAAUGUGUCUCUACCACUGCAUCUCUUUUUCCCUUAAAUUCCCAUGUCAGGAACUUUAAAACAAACGAAAAACACACAAAAAAACCCUAGACAAAAAUUACAACAACAGAAAACAAACCAACCCGUGCCAACAAUGGUGGUUCUUGAAGUCUGUGACAUUUAAACUCUCUGUCAUUUCUGUGUCACUAGUCUUUUUGCCUGACCUUUUAGCAGGAGACAAGCCCUUUGAACAGGUCCCAUUGCAGGGAAUUGAAAGACCACAUUCCCUGUAAAAACUGCAUCCAGCUACAUUGUGUACAUCAGGUACAAAGAGCACAGGUUUACAACUUAGCAGUUUUUAACUCCCUUCUCUUCAGUCUGUUAAUACCUUAGAGGAUGUUCUCCUUAUUCCUCUUACAAAUGAAAAAUACUUAGUAAGUUAAAUGUCAAGGCACUUGUUCCAUGAACAGAAGUCAGCUGUAGAAGCUGCAGCUUUCUUCUGAGGAGCUUGCUUAAAUGCUACAUGCUUUUGGCCAAUAUCAGUGACUGAGAAAGAAAUGAGAUUCCAUGCUUGUGCCUACCCACCAUCUUCUUUCCCUCUUUUGUCACGAGGAAGAAAUGAAGUAGAAGCAAUAAGCUGAUCAAAACAUUAAGGUUUUGAUGAUCUUAUGACAGUAGGUGCUUCACAUACUUGAAAAAUAGAUACAAACAGUAUCUUCACAAUCCAUGCUGGUCAGGUAUUCCUGUACCAGUGUAUUUUACCCUCUCCUCACAGCCAGUGACAGUUGUCACACGUUGAGUGUAACUGGUUAGCACAGAUUCUAAUCCUGCUGUAUUGGCUCUUGCUGAGAUCACACACUGUCAACCUGUUGUGAGGCAGGCAUGAUGUUUACAGUUUUCUUCCCAAAUUAUGUGGCUUAAUUCUGAGCAUCUUAAAUCAAGAGAGUGUGCAUUAUGAUUCUGAUUGUGUUUAUUAGCUUCGGCAUAAAGCUGUCCAGUAUAUUGUCAAAGAGGUAUAGGACUUGUCUUGUCUGUUAUUUAAAGUGUACUGUAUCACGUAUUGCUGUUUACAUGGACAUUUUCCUGCAGGUGCUCAAAGUAUCUUGCAUCAGGGAUUUGUUACAACUUAAUUUUAUUUUUCAACAAAACUAGAAGCAUGUAAUUAUCACUGCUGAGUAUGUAGCACAGUAGGAUGUAACUACUGUAAGGCUAUCCUGUUGGAAGGGAAGGGAAAGGUCUCUUCUCUAACAGACUCACCUACCAGGUUAUCGAAGUAUAAAAUACAGUUACGUGUACAAUGACCAUUCCACUAACUCUUGCAAUUCUAUGUGUACUCCCUCAGAACUGGUGCUCUUUCAUUACAGUAAUAUGAAAGUUCUUACUCUGUCUUAUCAAUGUUUCAGAAUAAA